AUGGCUCGCAUUGUUGGGUUUCUGAUACUAGCAAUUUCUGCACAAGCUAUGGCUAAGUUCGACGUGGACCCUCAUCAGUGUCAGGUCAUUUUCGAUAACUUCCCUUACUGUAUGGAUUUUCUCAUAGGUUCAAACGAUUGGCCUUCAAGCCAAUGUUGUCAGCGGGUAUAUGACUUCAAUGCAUUAGCUGAGCACGGACUGGGGCCAAGAGCUAUCUGUGAGUGCAUUGAAAUAAUAAUAAGGACGAUCCCUAUGAAGUUAAGGGCUGACCGUAUCAGUGAUCUUCCUGUCAGGUGCAACACACAUCUCAGUUUUCCCAUUUCUGAGUAUAUGGACUGCAACAGCUACAAAUAA